CGAUUCAUUGUUCGUACGCAAAUCGUCCAUUCUAUUGCUAGUGCAAAUUUUCGAGACUAAUGUAAAUAAUGUUGUGGAGCUAUAGGUCUUGAAAAGUUGUAUGUUAAUGUGAUUGUCUGAUCGGAAUAUUCUCAUUAAUCUGAUUUUUGAAAAGAAAUAAAGCAAAGAUGGGUCGCCGCUCAAUCAAUACUACGAAAAGUGGGAAGUAUAUGAAUCCCACUGAUCAAGCACGUAAAGAGGCGCGUAAAAAAGAAUUAAAAAAGAAUAAGAAACAAAGACAGUUAGUCAGAGCGGCUGUAUUGAAAGGAAAAGAUCCGGCACAGAUUAUCGAAGAAAUGGAAAAGAUUGAUCAGAUGGAAUACAAUGUAAUGCAACCACCACCUCUGAAUGAAAAAGUGUUAAAGGAUAAACGCAAGAAACUUAAGGAGACUCUAGAGCGAGUCCUAAAAAUGUAUGCAAAAGAUGAUCAAGAGAAAUGGGCAGAAUUGAAGGAACAAUUAAUACAAUACGAACGCAGGAGGAUAGACUUAGUUUCUUAUUUUGAAGCAGUACGACAUGCACAACAAGUACAAGUUGAUGAGAUUCCAUUGCCAUCGGCGGCUAAUGAUAUAUCUAGAAUGUAUCAGGGUUCCUUGACGUCGCAGAUUCCACUACCAGAUAUGCCACAACCACCUGCGCAUAUGUAUCCACCUCAUCCUCAUUAUAUAUCGCAGCAUCAUCCUUUGAUGAAUAUUCCGAUACCACCAAGUAUCUUGAAGAAGACCAGUGCAUAUGCAAAUGCUCCAGCUGUACCUACAUUAGCACCUAAUAAGGAACCGCCUGGUGUACCACCGUUUCCACCACCUGAUUUAUCAAGCGACGACGAGGAAAUGGCUGAAAAUGUGAAAGAACCACCAGCGAAAUCUAGAACGAUACGAUUUGCCGACGACAAGGAGGACGGCAAGCAAGAAUCGGAGAGCAAGGAAAAAGACAUGGAAAAGGAAAAGGAGAAAGAUAGAGACAUGGCGAAAGUUAAACCGACGACGUUACAGCAGAAGAUGCUGGCGAUGGCUGGGCAGGAUAUCGAUCAGUUUAUGCGAGAGAUGGAGGUCGUCCAUAAGAAAAGGGAGACCGAACGCGCCCAGGAUCUGAACGCACGACUGUCAUUGCUCGAAACAGAAAGCGAGAGCAAUUCCAAGUCCAAUAGCAAUAACAAGUCCAACAAUAAAGCAGACGACGAAGAGCUGGAACCACCCGGUGCGUCGGAUCACCUCUCUAGUCAUGGCCAACAUACGUCUCAUCCGCAUACACAACACACGCAACAACAUACGAUGCCACCGAUGGGUCUGCCGCCUCCGCCUUUACUUUACAGGCCCCCGCCGCCUCCGUUACACAUCAGAAUGCCGCCGCCACCACCGCCUCGCAUCGGACUCCGACUACCGCCUGGCCCUCCGCCUGGAAUGCCGAGGAUAUUAAGACCCGGGCCGCCUAGCAUACCAAGAAUGCCACCGCCGCAAAUGCAAAUGUCAAACAUGUCGAAUAUAGCGAAUCCCCAACUGCAAACACAAUCCGCAUCGGUUGGGCAACCCAAGACACCCAAUGUCCUCUCUGCCGCGCCGCAGUUAAUCAACAGAAAGGACAAAGAUGGAAAGAGUAGCACCACCAUAGAAGCGAAGCCGCAAAUUAGGAAUCUGGCUGCAGACGUUACUAGAUUCCUGCCGACGUCUCUGCGCGUCAAGAGAGACGAUAAAAAGAAAUCGAGCAGUAUUUCGAGAAUUACGGAAAGAUUACCGGAGACACAGCCACCGAGAACUUCGCAGCCCAAAACGAAAGACGACGCGUACAUGCAGUUUAUGCAGGAAAUGCAAGGAUUACUCUGAGCUCUUGAAAAAGAAUGUGUACUUUCUUUUUCUUUGAUCGAAGCGGUCGAUAUCCUUCUUGCUUAUGAUAAACAAUGCGGUUUUAUCACAAUUAUGUAUUGUCAUUUGAUGAUUUUAAUCUCAGAAAUGUAUGUAUGUAUUUAAGUGUACGAGCCGAAUGUAUAAAAGUUAAGACGUAGGAA